AUGUGGUUGAAUGAAACAAAAUCACCUGAUGAAGAAGAAGAACCAAUGAUCUAUUCAGAUGAGAUUCAGAUUACUGAAGAUAUGGCUGAAUCGGAUACACUAAAUACAAAUGUCUUAUUAGAGGAAGAUGCAACAUCAGAAGAAGAAUCAGUUGUUGAAGAUUCUAGUGAUGAAGAAAACUUUAGUAAUACAAUUACAGAUGAUACUCCUCCUGGUAAAAUAAUAUUUGGUAUGCAUUUGUUAUUAUGUCAUAUUCGUUGUUUAAUCAUUUUAAUUCGGAAAUGUUAUUUAAUCAAUGAAUAUGUUCGUAGACAAGCAAAAGCUGAUAAAACUAUACACAGUGGUGAACUUGUAGUUGAUUUCCAUAUUAGAUGGAAUACAACUUGUGUUAUGUUAACAAAAUUCAUCGAACAUCGUCGUAUAAUUGUUGAUAUUACCGAUACUCCAGAAAAAAUUACGAAUCUAAAAAGAUCCAAAUGUGAUCGUCUAAUAUCAUUAACAUUACGUCCUCAACAUUGGAAAUGGAUAAUUACUUUGAAAAAAAAUACUUGA